AUGCAGGGGCGGUGGCGCAAGGCCCAGAUCCUUCCCUGGUGGUGGAUCCGGCAGCCCGUGCAAGAGAUCCAUCAGUGGCAGCGCCUCCAGGUCAUCGAGGAGAACGUGCAGCUUCACAUCGAGGUGAAGACGGCCAAGGACGGCGCAGUCAGGAACGUCGGCGUCGAGCAGCUCACGGCCGUGGUGCUGGCCAAGCUCAAGGAGACGGCGGAGGCGCACCUCGGCCACCGGGUGGAGGCCGCCAUCCUCACGCUCCCGCUGCAGUUUUCCGACGACGCGUCCAGGUCCGCAGCAGUGUUCGCCGGCAGGCUUGCCGGCCUCAAGGCCGUGAGGGUGGUGCUCAGCGAGCCCGUCUCGGCUGCCAUCGCCUAUGGCCUCAGCAGGAACCUGCGCGACGAGGGCAACGUCGUCGUGCUGCACGUCGCCGGCGGCACGGCCGAGGCGAACGUCAUGACCUUCGUGGACGGUGUGUAUGAAGCCUUGAGCUCGCAGUAUGACCCUUUCUUUGGAGGACAGGACUUCGACCGGAGGAUCGUGGACCACUUCGUCCAACUGGUCAGGGGCAAGCAUGGCAAGGACAUCGCCAACGAUGGCAUUGCACUCAGCAAACUGAGGAUAGCAUGCGAGCUUGCCAAGAAGACAUUGAGCCACCAGGAACAUGCGCAAGUGAGCAUCGAAUGGCUCGUCGACGGCGUAGAAUUGUCAGAGCCACUGACGCGGGCUGAGUUUGAGGAACUGAACCAUGAUCUGUUCCUCAAAGUUGUUGAGAUGGUGGAUAGGGUGGUGUCACAAGCUGAAGUGGAGACCAUUGAUGAGGUGCUUCGUAUUGGUAGAAGCACCAUGAUCCCAAAGGUUAGGGAACUCAUCAGGGACUACUUUGGUGGGACCAAGGCAGUGCUCCAUUCGAGGUUGAAACCAGAUGAGGUGGUCACCAUUGGAGCCGUGGAGUACAGCAAACGACAUGACGCAUUGUGUACGUAG